AUGUCUUCCGACUUCCUGUGCGCAGGCAUCAAGCAGGUCCCCGAUUGGGUUUCUUCGUCUAUGCCGACGGUGCCCGAGGUGGUUCAGCUGCUCGUGAUGACGUUCUCCAUGAUACUGGGCUGGGUCUUGAUGCCUGAGGCCCUUGUGUGGUUCUCCCUCCCGGCGGGAAAGACAAGCGGCGUCUCGAAGGGUGCGCAGGCCAAGGCUGCUGCCCCCGCGCCUGCGACUCCAGCAUCCCUGCCGGAGCCGCCCGGCAGCGAGGCACUGCUGCCGCCGCAGGGCAGCGCCCAACAGGGGCGGCGCGGCGCCGCAGAGGCCAGAUAUGACGACGAGGUGUUGCAGUGGAACUAUCGGCGCGUUGCUCGUCUGAGCUUCCGCAAAGUUUCGGACCAGCAAGGGCUUUCAAGAUUCAGCCAGUGGAAUUGGAAGGCCAAGUUGCUUAAUGUUCUCAAUACGGUGAACCAUGAUUGGAUGGAAGUGGCUAGAAGCAGGCGCGACUGGAAGUCGCACGAGGACGCUUGGCACCUGGACCGCGGCUCCGUCGCGGAGGGAGCCUGCACCGGCCGCUGCGCAGGGGCGAUCCUGGAGCACUACGGCGUCCUCGGUGCCACACCGGGCUCCUGGAGCAGCGCCACUAGCGACCAGGCGAGCGGGACGUGCGCGGAGGACAACUUGGCGCGGCGCCGCGCCCCAGCGUUGCUCCAGGAGAGAGCGAUCCUGGAGCACUACGGCGUCCUCGGUGCCACACCAGGCUCCUGGAGCAGCGCCUCCAGCGACGAAGAGAGCGGGACGUGCGCGGAGGACAAGCUGGCGCGGCGCCGCGUCCCAGCGUUGCCCAAGGUGGACCGCGUCUCUGUCGGGAUCUUGUCGAUCGUGGCCUGA